GCAAGACUUUCUCGCGAAAUCAUGGAAGUCCUGCCGUGUCCUGUCAAUGUGGACUUCAGCAACACCCGAGCUGGAAGCGAGACGGACGAAUUGGACGGUGCCUGUCAGGCGCUGGCGAAGAGGCUGGAGGUUGAACUCAGGAGGGCUAAACACGCCCAGCUGGCUUGCGGCGAGGUCCUCCUACCUGCCGAUUUGCUGCCCAAGAUAGCCAAAGAUGUACUUACGAUGGCAGAGAAUGAGCCCUGCGGCCUUCGAGGCUGUACGUUGUUUAUUAGCUUCGAAACGGACAGCAUGUGCCGCAAACUGUCGAGAAUACAGUGCGAUCCCAGUACUGUGUCGACGUUCGAGCUCUAUCUCACGCUGAAACAGGACCACACGUCCUGGCACAUGCUGCUGCCUCAAUUCUUAAAAAAUCUCACACGUGGCGGUACCAUCAUGAUCAGUAGGGACUUCACUUUGCAAAAGAAGAAACUCUACAGGUCUUUCCAGCAAUCUCAUUGAAGUGUCUCGGGAUCACAUACCGGGGUUUUGCACGUUGUAACGAUCACCCGUUUUGCCUAAACGGGUGCGGCCAUUUUUGUCAGUUAUUGCCCUAUAGGCGUCGGCCAAAUUCAUACAAUAUCGAAGACCAGGAAAGAAAAAAAAAACUAAGACGGCGGAAGCAGAGAACCUGAGGUUAGAUUUCGUCGUUGUAAUGGCACGCUGUAAAAUUCGCGUAUCAUGGUCGCGAUCGUGCGAGGUGUUGCGUUUAACCCUUUAACUUGGAGAUUACAUUUGAAUUUUCUAUAUAAAUGACACAUUUCACUUAUAAGAAACAGUAGAAACUUUUUGAACAAAGGUACUCGCACGUACAAGUGCAGGACUGAGAUCGUUCUGUGUGUUUAGAAUUUAUUCAAUGGAUGUGUAAAGAAAUGAAGUAGUUCGUAGAAAUGCUGCUUUACGGUGUAAAAAUAGUUGCAGUUUGAACGCAACAGAUUUAUGAAAGUUAGAUCUCGUGUCCAAGAUCUAGUGAUGUAUGGAUCUAAAGGUUGAAGAAUCUAGACGUCCACAGAUCUAAUAGUUUAAAAAAAUUGGAUUUAAAAAAUAAAAUUCAGACAUCUUAACCUGUGAGAUUAAUCCGAAAUUAUAAAGAAUUCGGCUGAAUUACAUUUAAUUGUAAUCUAGAAAAUAAGUAAACAAUUAGAUUCGAAGGACGCUAGAAUUAAAAAAUAUUUGCAAAGCUAGUUUAUAAGAUAUGUAGAAUUUGACGAUCGUUGGAGUUGAGGAUCGUAGAAUUUAAGCUUUCCAAAAUCUAGGGAUCUAGAUUUGGAAUUAGAAGUAUUGUAACGGUAAGGAUGAAUCUAACAUAUUUUCACUGUUGAAUGGCGAUUCAGUUAAAGGGUUAAUGACAACACCAUCGCUCUUUUGUUCUGCUGUCACCAUGCAAUACUGUAUUCAAGGAGAGAGGCCUAUUACGCGUUCGAUAAUUGUGAUAGCGCGCGAGACAAGUUCUAAUAGUAGUAGAUCUUAUAUCGCGAGGAGUGGUCUCUCGCAUCUUCGUUCUUGAAGAGGAUAUGUGAUUAUAAGACUUGUAACAAAUUUCACGUGAUACGUAGCAAGUAUAAUUAGUUUUUAGAGCGCGUUUUACUGAUUAAUCGUAGUCAGGUAGCUAUUAGUCGCGUCGGAUGUUUAGUGAUGAUCCUUCGAAGCUCGUGUGUCUCUCACGGACGAGCACACAUUGUCCAUUUUUCAUUGUGAAAUGCGAAAUGAUUAUGCUGGAAUGUGUGACAGCAUAUUCUCCAAAUAGUAACCUUUUAUGAAAAUCUUGCAGGAUAGUCCCAAAGAGAAAUAGAUCCUAAUGAGACUAUCAUUUUGUGAUUAAUCAAGUCACUAUUGAUAUUAACAUAAGAAUAAUUCGAAUAUAUAAUCAUAUAAUCGAAUUAUCUUACAUUGAGAAGCGUAAGAACUCGAAUAAUAAUCCACAUUUUCCAAUUAAUUUUUACAUUUUCUGUCAAACUUUCGAAAACAUUUUUUUCUUAAAAACCAACAAAAGUAAUUUCAGUAGGAUGUUCUCAUAAUGCACGUUUUUUGGGACAUCCUGUAUAUCCUGUUGGUAAAUGAUACAGAUGUUCAGCCCAUACUGUCAUUCCAUCGAUCGAUCUUUCUCCCUCGUCAUUUUCUCCCUUCAUAACAGUCGCUAUGUGAAAAAUCUCAUUACUUUAUAAUAACAUCUUCUCUCGAUGUCGCGAUGCUAAUUAUCAUUUCUGCGAUAUCAUUGAUAAAUAUAUUAAUAUUUGUCUCAUUACCGGGUGAUUCGUCUCGACAGUAAUUUAUUUAAGCCAUCGAAUUUGUUGGCGCAAAGCAAUAUGCUUUUGCCUUCUGUAUUGUUAGUGCGUAAUAUUUUGUUUCAGUUAAAUUUCAAUAUUUCGUGUUUCGAGAUUUUGAUUCUGCGAAUAUGAAAUUAUUUCGAUGAAUUCUGUGAAAAGCUUGUGAAACUCGUCACAGAUUUUUCGUUUAAUUUGCGGGACUAAGAAAAGAACCUGUAACGAGAUAGAGUAAAGCGGUGCAAUUUCUAACACUUCAGAAAAUAUCUUAGACUUAUUACAUUAAGUGACAAAAAUCAAUCUUACUGUCUAACGGAUAGUUAAAAUUGUGUAAAAUCGUAUAUAUAUAUAUGCAGACUAAUGGAGUAAUUAUAUAUCCACUAAGCUAGAUGAACUACAUUUCUCGGUGUAAUCUGAGAGAUGAUCCAUCUUGAAACUGUAUCGCUUCAACUCUGUAGCUUCAAAUAGAUUUUCACAGAGAAACAAUGACGAGAUGAGCUCGCUUUUGCUGUUUAACGUGUUGAAAGGGACGAAAGAUUAGAGAGAGGAUUAACGUUCUGCUAUUAAAUUAUUGUUCACAAUCUUCGCUUCAAUUUGUCAUGUUAUUAUAAUAUUAUUCGUUGACUACCGUACGUACUACUACUCACGUUGUGGUUAAUACCUGUUCGCGUUUUCUUUGUGUCUAGAUUUUUUUUACUUCUUUACCCUUUUUUCGUUUUUUUUUUUACUUUGCUUCGGUCGCUUUUCGUCGUAGUGCGAUUAAAGACCUUAGUGGCGGUAUUGUGAUAUUAAGAAUUACGAAAUGAUUAAGAGAAAGAAACAAGUGUGUGAUUAUCGUUAGGAUUUAGAUUAAAGACGCUCGUAUAAAGUUUUCUUCGCGGGGUCGAGAGAAACGUGUUGCGUAGGGAUACAAUCCCUUCCGUUUUACCUUCGCGCACAAGAGAGAAAAAGUACAUUGAAAUUGAAAACCUCUUCGUGGUAUACUUACAAAGGAUGGCGACGCUUUAACCGGUGAAUCGAAUAUUUAUAUCAGAAAGUGAGAUUUCCUUUUACGAACUGAAUUACAACAGGAUGUGUACCGCAACGAGACUCAAUGGAAUUAGAUUGAACUCGGAUUUUUUUUGUGAUAAUGUGGAGCUGUCUCUUUAAAAAUCGGCGAAGCAAAAAACCGAUGCUGUUGCAAUGAAAUUCACUGUUUAAGAGGAAAACUGUAU